AUGGAAACUCACAAUAUAUAUGUGACAGAGGAAUCAAAAGAACUUGUACAGCCAAAGUCCUCUGCACCGGUAGAGACGGUUGUUCCUCCUCAAAUAAAAAUAGAGGUGCCAGAUGAAAAUGACAUUUUACAAGAAGACAACGACAUGAAUUUGGAACUAGCUGUUUACACAGAUGCUGAUGUUGUAAAGCGGGAACUAGACUGUGAAAUUGAGUAUGAGGGUUUAGAGGAACAAUCCAAUAUCCCUGACUGUGGUAAUAGUGAUAAGAUGAAGCAGGAACCUUAUGAUGGACAAAAUGACUUUGAAGAACAAUUUGCUCACUCGGAAUCUAUUGUCAGACAAAUAUUUGACCGAAUAAGCAAGGAAGAAAAAAAGGCUGUUGAAGGACAAUUUUCUUACUCAGACUCCAGUUUAAUCAAACAGGAAUAUGAACCGACUGCUGAUCAACAGUGCACUGAUCAAUCUGGUCACAUUGACCACAUGACACAUUUUGUAGGUGGAGACCAGAUACAGGUAUUUGAUUGCCAAACCUUUGGUGAAAGUUCAGUGAAGCAGGAAGGCCAGGACCUGUCUCGUGAUGAAUCAUUUGAAAAUGACCAAAAUAUUCCCCUAAAAUUAGAGCUUGAGGUAGCAGUUGCAGAUGCUCAGAACAGUGACCAUGGUGAUUUUAUUGUAAAAAGUGAGCUGGUAGGUGAUGAUGAGGUCCAGAUGGAUGUUGGUGCGAUGGCUGUCACUGGACCGGAGGCUGGUGACCUGAAGGUGGAUCCAUGUCCUGAGGAGGAUACAGAUAAUGCUCCUCCUGUUGGCCAGCUGCCUAUACCAGAGUAUGAGCCACCCUCAUUUACAGAUAAAGAGUCAGAUUCCUCAACAGCAGAUGAUAACUGGAGACCUUCAAAAAGGAAAAGGAAAUCAACCCGUGGAAAGAGGAACAGCAGUAAACCACGGAAUAAGGACAAUGCUGGUUCUCCAUCAUCUCACAAAGAAAGAGAGAGAUUUGAGGGCAGCAGUACUUCCUCAACACCUGCUGGGGAAGCACUGGUUAAAACAGGUGCUGGGAGAGGGAGAUACAGCCAGGUCGUGGAAGAUGUUCCGGUCGUCAAGGUUCAUCGAGUUAAUCCAAUGGGUAUCCCACUUCUCAAUCCACUCGCCUCGCAAGGAGCCAGUGGCAAAGUGACACACCCAGGACAGUUUAUCACACUGCAGGGUGGUCCAUUUUGUGGUGCACAGGUUAUUCAACUUGUCAAUGCACAGUUGGGCACCCAAACAGGCACUCGAGUUAGUACCCCACAGGGCAUUCAAGUUUGUUCUCAAGUAGGGACUGUUAGCACUCAACCUGGCAUUCAGGUUGUGACACAACCAAGCAUUCUAGUUGGUACUCGCGCGGGCAUUCAAGAUGGAACUCAGCAAAGCAUUCGAGCAUUCAGUACUCAGUUAGGCAUUCCAAUUCCAAUUCGAACUCUGUCUACUCAGGGUGUAGAGACAAAAUGCGCCCCUAGUACUGCCCUGCCUAAACUAGUUGCUAAAAAACUUCCUACCUUGAUGCCAAAAGGUGUUCCUGCUGAGCAUACUGUCAUCUACUCAAAGAAGAAGAGAUUCGCCUGCAAGUUUUGCGGUAAAGAAUUUGAUGCUAACGCAAAUCUCAAACGACACGAACUUCUUCAUACAGGCGAACGGCCGUUUAAAUGUGAACUCUGUGAUAAAACAUUUAUACAAUCUGUGCAGUUAGAAAUUCAUAAACGGACGCAUACUGGACGUAAACCAUUCAAAUGUGCAUUCUGUGAUAAGGCAUUUACUGAGGCGAGGUACCUGAAAAAGCACGUUGUUCUCCACACCGGAGAAAAGUCUUUCAAAUGUAAAAUCUGCUCGGAGGAUUUCGUCAGCUGGUAUCGGUUGUCACUACAUGAGAAGACCCAUACGGGAAAGAUGUUGUUUAACUGUAAAAUGUGUAAGGCAGGAUUCAGUAAGCGGAUAGAUUACGUUCUACACAAGCAGCAGGAGCAUCUGAAUCGGGACCCUUGGAAGUGUGACGAAUGUGGGAAGAUCUUCACAUGUAAUAGUGAGUUAAAGAACCAUAGUUAUCAGCACUCGGGACAGAAACCUUUUGAGUGCGGAUAUUGCCAAAAACGCUUCAGACUAAAGGCUCAUAUGCUGAGGCAUGAGACACUUCAUACCGGAGAAAAGGUCUUCAAAUGUGCGACCUGUGCAAAGGAGUUUUACAAGGAUUGGGAAUUAGUGAAACACAGGCAGAGUCACACUGAGCAGCAGUGAACUUUGAGGAACCAGAGUAACCAUCGUACCGGAGGAAAGAGUUGGGAAUAGGUUAGGCAGUGAACUAUGAGGAAACACUACUGUCACACAGGUAUUGAAUGUGGUAUUCAAAAGACGUGUCGAGACCAAUGUCAUGCGGUCAUGUUUAUCAUUGCAUUGACGUACCAAUCAAAAAAAUGUUGUAAAUUUUGCAUUCCAUUUAGCCUUUUAAGUAGUCGGCUGUAGAGUCUGCUGGUAUUUCGUUACUCUUCACUGUCUAUUGUAAUUAUCUACACGUCAGUCGAUCAGAGAAAAGCUGACAAUUGUUGUUUCAACUACAUCCAAACUCUAACUGCUGUCUGUUCAACCUGUACUGUCAC